AUGGGGUUUCCAAAUGAUUCUGGUAAUCCUGGAUUUUUUUUUUUCCCCUUGUUUUUACAGGUGACCUGUAACUGUUUCACCAUCAGCAAUGGAGAAAUGCAGGAUGUUGCUGUUGGCCUGUAUCCCAGCAUGUCUUUACUGAACCACAGCUGUGACCCAAACUGCGUGAUCGUUUUUGAAGGAUACCAGCUUUUACUUCGUUCUGUCCGAGAGAUCCAGAUUGGUGAAGAGCUCACCAUCAGCUAUAUUGAAUCAUUGAUGCCCACCAGUGAACGCCAAAAGCAACUGAUGCGCCAGUAUUGCUUUGAAUGUGACUGUCUUCUCUGCCAGAAUGAAGAGAAGGAUGCUGAGAAAUUGGCUGGUGAAGAGCAUGCCUGGAAAGAAGUCAAAGAUGCUGUAAAUGAAGUGAGAUAUCCAAAAUCAAAACAAGAGUGGGAGCAGGUUCUGGCAAGAUGCAAGAAUCUCUUGAGCAGCAAUAUGGGUCGUCUUCCAGACACAAAUAUCUAUCAGCUGAAAAUGCUUGACUGUGCCAUGGAUGCCUGUAUUAAUCUUGAAUCCUGGGAAGAAGCUUUGCAUUACGGCAUCAGGACCCUGGGACCAUACAGACUGUAUUACCCUGGUUUCCAUCCGCUGAGGGCUGUCCAGCUGAUGCGAGUGGGCAAACUGCAGUACAGUCAAGACAUGUUUCCUCAAGCGUUGGAGACCUUGAAACAG